UUUCUCAACGGUGUCUUAAAGGAUGUAUCUGAAACAAAAAAACAAAAUUGAAACCACGACAUUCUGUUUGAAGAGCUCCAGACAGAAUAUGUUACUCUGCACUAAAGAACGAUAAUAAAUUAAGCAAAUAAAUCAACACUGAAGCUUACUGUUAAAUCAUCAUUGUUUGUGGGCCCCUGGGGGACCAAUGUUUGUGCCCUUGCCCACAAAUUAACUUCCCCAAGAACAUAUGUAUACAAGCAUUUGUUUGAUAUUUAUCAAAAUUAUCCGGAACUUGCGAAAAACGAAAUUACAUCCCCACAAACCAGGAAAAUUUCGGCUACCAACAAAUAUUAACCCACAUGAAUAAAAAAGAUUCCACAGUAAAUAUGUUUGGGAGUUAAUUUUGCUCAUCCCACCUCUUUCACUAGAUUGAUUGCCACAACUGGAAGUAUCAUAAGUAAUUAUGAACGUUUAUGAAUAAAAUAUGAUUGCAGGAAUUAUGUUUCCCGAUUCAUAUUGUAAAGUUAAUAGAAAUUAGUUUACGGCUUCAUCCAACAGUGACUAGCUAUACAGAGAACUGCAAUUUCAAGACUCAGAGACUUCAGAGAUAAAUUUGUGAUUUAUUAAAAUCAUUUUAUUAAUAAUAUAAUAUCUGAGAUAAGAGAUUUCCUGACUCAGUCAUACCUGACAGCUGAGAAUACCCAAGAUUUAGGAUCCUUGCAUGAAAGCAACUGAAGAUAUCAAAUACAUUGAUCAUGUUUGUUAAAAAGAUUUGACAUACUGAAAGUUUCAUUUGAAAAAUAGGGUCUGGUUUUGAGAGCCUUACCUGAGAUUCGAGAUUUUGAGAGCCUCAUGACUCAUGCUCACAAUCCAGACAGUAAACACAGACGGCUCAGUGAGAUAUGAUAAUAAUAUGUCGCACACAACAAAUUUCCUGCUAUGAACCACUACUGAACUCGAGAUUACGACAGAACUCGGGGUUCACACUCAGCAGGCCCUAGACUCACUCUCACAGACCAGAUCUCUCUGGGCUACACUGCCACUACAGGGAUACGAGACUGAGGCAUAUCUGUGUGUAUUGAUAUAAUAAUAAAAUCAAUAUCUCCAAGAAUAAUGUCCCAUACACAGUCUCCACUUGGAUCAUUCUCUCCUGUUAUAAUUGGGUUACCGAUUCCCCCUGGAUUUAUUUUAUGUGAUUGUUUCUUACAUCAGAGCUGAAUCAAUGCCAGAAUAAUUUUAUCAUCGAUGUGAAAAAGAAAAAUGAAUAUUUGCCAGAAGACGAGGAAAGGUCCAAAGAAGGAAAACGUGUUGAAGAUGCAACCAAUUCUAAAACCGAGGCAAAGAGUUCGGAAUUGAUGUCGGUGAGUCAAAGUGAUUUGUGUAGGCUUGUCGCCGACAUUAGAAAUCAGCUGAGGAAGAAUUCCCCCAAACCAAAAGUGUCCCCCAGCACCGGUCCCCAGGCACGUGUAACUGAGACCCUGAGGGAGGAAUUGAAGCAGACCAGACAACAGAUACAGAAUGACCUAGCAGAAAUCUCGUAUCUAAGGACGCGCUGUGAGACAGCUGUAACCGAGUGUCAACAGGAGAAGCAGGAGAACAUCCGGUUACGUCACGAGGUUGAGGUGCUGACUCAGCAGUUAUCCCAGCAGUCCGAGUACUGCUCCGGUCUGGGGGCCGCGUGUUGCACUCUAUUGUGGCGCGUGUCCAGGAGCGAGGACACCAUACAGUCCUUACUGAUAGGGAGUAAGGUCGAGGAGUUCCUAACGUUAGUUUCGAACACACUGAACAGUUACGUCACCACCUACAAAUCUGAUUGGCCGGGAAUGGACUCGGACGAGAGCCAGUUUGUUCACGCACUUUGUGGUGUCAUCACCAACAUUGCUGCCUCUGCGUUUGGUCGUGAUUUCCUGAUAACCAACCCCCGGGGACGUCAACUAGUGGACACCUUCAUCUACGUGCUAGAGGAGGCUCCCCACGGGAAAAGUGCACGACUCAAAAACCUAAUCCUGAUGGCACUGUAUAACCUGAGCAUUAAUCAGAAUGGAAUCAAGUACUUGUCCUCAAAGCGAGGAAUCAUAAAACUCCUAGCCUGGCUGCUGCAAGAAGAGGUAGCUACAGAGAACCAGGUGAAUAGCCUGAGAUUGGUCCAGUCCCUGAUAUCUGUAGAGGGCAACCUCAACCUCAUUCACGAACUGUUAGAAGAGCUACCUAGACAUGUCUUACAGGAGCUAGAGAAGGAUAAAAACAGAGAAAUCCGAGAAUUGGCACGAGAAAUUACUUCCGAUAUCCAAAGUCAAGUCCGACACGAGCAGUGAAUCAAAUCUUGUGAUUCAUGGUUUCUUCCCAAGAUGAUAUCUAAUUAACUAUUAAACAAUUCGUUUUUUUCUCAACGUAUUGUAAUUACAAUGUAUUCCAGCAAUAGCUUUCAAUUAAAUGUUGUUUUUGAAAAAAAUA